AUGUUUUUCCAGGACAUGCUGGUGGCACGUUCAGAGUGUGGGCGAGCCUAUAAGUAUCAUUCAGAUCUCAUUCAACAUCACAAAACACACACUGGGGAAAAGCCACAUGUGUGCAAAGAAUGUGGGCGAGCCUUUACCCGGAACACAAAUCUAAUUGUACACCAGAGAAUACACUCUAGUGAAAAGCCAUAUAUUUGCCAAGAGUGUGGGCGAACCUUUCGCUGGAAGUCAGCACUCCUUUUACACCAGAAGACACACACACAGAAGCCAUUUGUGUGCAACAAGUGUGGACAAGCCUUUGUGCAGAAUUUACAUCUCAUCCAACACCAAAUGGUACACUCUGUGGGAAAGCCACACUUGUGCCAGGAGUGUGGACGAGCUUUUAUUUGGAAGUCCCAUCUCCUCCAACACCAGAGGACACACUCUGGGGAGAGGCCCCAUGUGUGCCAGGAGUGUGGACGAGCUUUCAUUUGUAAGUCACAUCUAUUCCAACACCAAAGAACACACACUGGAGAAAAGCCACAUGUGUGCAAGGCGUGUGGGCGAGCCUUUAAAUGGCAGUCAGUUCUCAUUAGACACCAGAAAACCCACACUGGAAAAAAGCCACAUGUGUGCAAGGCAUGUGGGCAAGCUUUUGUUAAGAAGUCGGAUCUUCUUAAACAUGAGAAAACCCACAUUAGAGAAAAGCCACAUGUGUGCCAGGCGUGUGGGCGAGCCUUUAGUGAUAAUGCAGAUCUAAUCAAACACCAAAGAGUACACUCUGCUGACAGGCCAUAUAUGUGCCAAGAGUGUGGGUGAGGCUUUCUCUGCAAGUCAGAUCUCCAGACCCAUCAGAGGACUCACACUGGUGAAAAUCUACAUGUGUGCAAGGAGUGUGGGUGAGCCUUUGUUUGGCUGUUGCAGCUCAUCUCACACCAGAGGGCCCACUCGGGGGGAAAGCCAUAUGUCUGCCAGCAGUGCGGGCGAGCAUUUAGCCAGAAGUCCAAGCUUGGUGUCCACCAGAGGAGACACUCUGAGGAGCAGCCACGUGUGUGCAAGGAGUGUGGGCGAGGCUUUAUAUUUAAGUCAGAGCUACUCAGACAUCUGAGAACACACAGCGGGGAAAAGCCACAUGUGUGCAAGGAGUGUGGGCGAGCCUAUAAGUAUCAUUCAGAUCUCAUUCAACAUCACAAAACACACACUGGGGAAAAGUACUGGAUUCAUCCGUCCCUUCCAGAGUCUGCCCUCGUUGCCCACGUACACGUGUUGUGA